GGCAGUGCGUUCUCGGUCUCGACUCUUGCGCGACGUUUAAAAAAAAACGCGUUCCAUUUUCGAACCGCUGUCAAAUCGCGCGCCGUUUUUCGUAAUUAUUUUUCACAUAACCAUCUGUAGGCCAUCUUGGUUUUACUAAGAGUGAUUUUGUAAUUUUCUUUGAUUUUUCGUGGUAAUUAAAUACAAUUUUUUGUGCAAGUGUUGUUGUACGAAAGUAAAAGGAGGUGAAACGUUUGUUGCUUUUUCGAAAUAAGAUGUCAUCAGUCUAAAGAAGACCAGCACACAAUAAUCCAAGAUGGCGGUCUGUUCCGCCGCUGUCAUCAUCGAGAAAGCCAACAAGUACUAUGGCAGACCCGACAAGGCGGACUUCAAGCCGGUGCUCAAAGAUAUGGACAUGGUCGUCGAUAGGGGUAUCAUAUACGGUCUACUCGGCCCUUCAGGAUGUGGCAAGACCACGUUACUGUCCUGCAUAGUGGGCAGGAGGAAACUGGACAGUGGCAAUGUCUGGGUCCUCGGCGGCAGACCUGGAGAGAAAGGCAGCGGAGUACCCGGUCCUAGGGUCGGGUAUAUGCCUCAGGACAUAGCUCUAGUCGGAGAAUUCACAGUACGCGACGCAAUAUACUACUUCGGUAGAAUCUACGGCAUGCAUAUGGAGAAGAUGGUGGAACGCUUUGAGUUCCUCAGCAAUCUUCUCGACCUGCCCAGUGGAGGCCGGCUGAUCAAGACCCUGUCUGGUGGUCAGCAGAGAAGGGUCUCUUUAGCGGCUGCCCUGGUACAUGAGCCUGAACUCCUCAUAUUGGAUGAGCCUACAGUUGGAUUAGAUCCUGUGUUGAGAGAACGGAUAUGGGACUUCCUAGCGGAGCAAGCGCGCCGAGGGACCACAGUCAUCAUCACGACACAUUACAUAGACGAAACAAAACAAGCACACAAGAUUGGUCUUCUCCGAGACGGUCAGCUCUUAGCCGAGGACUCACCAGAGGAUCUACUAAGGAAGUGCGACUGUGACACCUUGGAGGAGGCAUUCUUGAAGCUCGCGAUGAGACAGCAUGAAAUGCCUAGAAGGCGGUCUACGCUCACGGCAUCGCCCGACGUGAUCCCCGAGAGCGGGAUGUGCAACGGCGUGGACAGCCGCUACCACUCGCGAGACGACUUCCCCACCAUCACCAGUAGUACUGACGUAUUAACAAAGAAAGAAAAAAGACCAAAGGAUAGCAAGAGAUUAACGAAGUCGAGGUAUAAAGCCGUCUUCAUCAAGAGUAUACAACAGUUCUCAAGGCAUCCAGGCGGUUUAAUCUUCUCCAUCCUAUUCCCCAUCAUCCAAGUGGUAGCGUUCUUCGCUGCCGUAGGACACGACCCGAGAGAUCUGCACAUCGGUGUGGUCAACGAUGAAGCUGCUUUUUCACCACUUGGACUAGACAUCUGCAGAAAUACGAGUUUAAAAACGGUGUCAGUAUUGGAAGACGAAACUUGUGACCUCUACAUGAUGAGCUGUUGGUUCUUAGAGGAAAUGGAGCAGAAAAAACUAUUCCCGACAACAUUCAACACAACAGAAGAAGCGCGGUUAGCAGUAUCAACGGGUAAACUGUACGGCGCUCUACACUUCUCUCAGAACUUCAGUAGUGCACUCGGCAAGCGAGUGUCGGAGGGAGAGGUGGACGACGAUAUUGUUGAUGACAGCAGCAUCAGUGUGUGGCUUGACAUGACGAAUCAUCAAAUAUCGAACUUCAUGAAAAGUCAACUGCACAAAGCGUAUGAAAGUUUCACGAGGAGAGCAAUGAAGGCUUGUGGAAGACCAGAAAACUUAGUACAGAUUCCAGUGCACUUCCAAAAGCCGGUGUACGGUAAGAGUGAACCGCAAGUCGUCAGCUUCAUGGCUCCCGGGAUACUCAUCACUAUAAUAUUCUUCCUAUCCGCGAUCGUGACAUCGACGCUGAUGAUCUCCGACCGGCUGGAGGGAGUGUGGGAACGCAGCGCGGUGGCGGGCGUCAAGCCUAAAGAGAUGCUCAACGUUCAUAUUACGCUGCAGAGUACUAUUAUAUUUGUGCAGACUAUAGAAAUGAUGGCCCUCGCAUUCAUCGGCUACGGCAUCCCCUCAGUGGGCUCCAAGCUGAUCUGCGGCCUUCUACUGUUCCUACAAGGCAUCUGCGGCAUGUGCUAUGGCUUCCUACUGUCAGUCUACUGUCCAAGCCACACUAUGUCCUUCUUCGUCGCUACUGGCAGUUUUUACCCUAUGAUUCUGUUGUGUGGUAUCCUAUGGCCUCUAGAAGGUAUGUCCUACACACUUCGUAUCAUAGCCCUUACUCUCCCCUUCACAAUUCCCUCCAAAUCUCUCAGAGACAUCAUGGAGAAAGGAGCCUCGUUCGCCGACCUGUCAGUGGUCUAUGGUUUCCUCACUACCAUAGCGUGGAUUGCCAUAACUUUGGCUUUAAUAUACUUGAGGUUACGGUUCAAAAAAACGUAGUUUAAUUUAGGAGUUUAAAACAUCCGAAAUGAGAAUCGUUUUUUUUUUUUUGGAAAGUCGGUUAAAAAAUUCAAAAAUUGUAACUGUCAAAAUUAGUUUUGGUUACAUGGAGUAAUGAUAGGGUAAGAGAAUAUUUUGAGUUGGGACUUUUAAAGAUUUAUUUUGCUGUGUGUACAAUUACAACAGGUCGAAGUUAAAUGUAUAAUGCUUUUGUAAUUAAAUUGAAGUAAAUGCUUUAUUACAAAAAAAAUAUUUAUUACAAAAGCAUUAACUAUACACAAAAUGAUAUGUGGUAAUCUGUUAUUACAUACUUUACCUUUGAAAGCUAAAACAGCUUAAGCUAUGUACCCUAAUGGGUCAUUCAUAGUUUCAACCCCUAUCUAAAGGGUAAAUAAGGUACCUAAACAAUUACUAGGCACUGUUAUUCUUGAUAAAUGUACGAAAUACGUGUAACACAAGGCCUUAAUAUUAAGGUCGAUUCACACAUCCUCUGUAUUCAUACAGUAAUAUUGCUGAAACUAGUACGAACUGGUUGAGUCGAAAAAAACAUACAAACCAAUAUUUAUUAUUAAGAAUUAUCUUAAUCUUAAUAACGAACGAAUAGUACAAGUUUGCAAUAACUUGCGCGUUUACACUUACAAAAUGCAGCAUUUAUGUUCUUUUUAUUUUUAUUAAAGAGGUAUCAAGGGUUUUUUGAUGUGGUUGCAGAAAAUUAACAUGCUCAAGGGUUGUUCUUGUGUGAAAUUAACCCCUCAAAUGACCACCAACGAAGACGUAACGUCUGUGAGGAGUCACAAAUUGCUGAUAACUAAAGGAUUGAUGUUUUCCACAGAAAUAUAUAAAAUAAAGUAUACAAGAUAAAAAGCUAUAAGCCUAUUUGAGCAUACUUAUUUUUUAUACAUAAUAGAAAUAAAUAUUUUCAAUUGCUCACACAACUUAGGUACUAAAGUAUGUCUAGUGUGAAUCGAUCCUUACAAUAACCGGUUUAAAACUGUGACUAAUCUAUAUUUUCGGUUUAGUGGUUUUAUUUAGUUUAAUCGGGUAACUUUCACAAUACCAAAAUAUUAUGUACGUAAGGUAAAAAAUGGUAGAAGAUUAUUUUUAAAUUCAGUUUUUAGUGAAUUUUAUUGUGAAAGAAAUCCUAUCUGUCGGGUAGCUUGUAUAUAGCGAAUAACUAUAUUAUAUUGUCUCUCUGGUGUUACAGAAUAUUAUGUGAUAAUUUACUUAAAUAAUCUGUAAAACCUAGCAGUAUAUUACUGCUAGAAAACUUAGUUAAAUCAUGACAAAUGAUUAUAAACCAUUUAAAUUGUAUGAAUUAAAAGCAUAUGUAAGCAAUGUUGAAAUGUGCACAUUUUUUAUCUUAGUCCUUAUUUGGCCUUAAUACAAGAUUUUUUAAGGUGGUACUUUUUGAAAAAAAUGCCUUAGCGACUCUUAAUAUUUCAAUGUAAUUAGUCAUCUAAAAUAUUGUAAUAUUGAAUGUAUAAAUCAAAGUAUAUUUUUCUGUACCGUUACGUAAAAUUAUGCCGUAGUUUUAAGCAAUAUUAAAUUACCGUUAGUGGCACUUUACAAAAUAUACUAGAAUACUAGGAAAGUAUUUUAGUUGAACGCAUUUCUAUUGUUUAGUUAAUAAGUAUGAAUAAUUAGUAUAUUUUGUUGUUUUUCUUUCUUUCGAGAGAAUAUUGCCGAUGUGGUGACGUGAUACCAUGUGAUUUGGGUACUUAUUUAUGAAUAAAGAUUUUUUUUCUAA